AUGGGGAACGAAAUUUCCGGACGUCAAUAUGACGUCAGCAAAAAUUACAAUAUUCCAUUGCAUGAAUUACAAAAAUGGUACCAUGAGCACUACAUCAAUUUUUUGAAACAAGAAAUUGCGGAUAAAACGUGGAAAAAUAAAUACCAAAGUGCCAUGAUAGAUGAUAAAGGGAAACCCAUAAGUGAUCCAAGUAAAAAGUUUUGUAAAUGGAAAGAUAUACAAAGAGAAAUAUUUGAAGCUACGUUAGAUAAUCAUAGAUUUUUAUUAUAUACAUGGGACGAACGAGCAAAAAAAUUUAUAGACCAAGCAGAAGUGGACAAUAAUUUUUUUGGUAAAAAGUGCGACAAAGAUAAUACACAAUCGAUUGAUGAUAGUAGUAGUUCUCCUGCAGGUACUAGUAGUACUAGUAAAACUAUAAAUUUGAAAGGAUGUUUAACAAAUAGAAGAAAAAAUAUAAACGAUCGAUUAAGGAAUAUUCAAAAACAAAUAAAAGAUAUACAAAACAUAGCACACGGAAAUGAGGAAACAAAAGCUGAAAUUGCUGCAACAACAGUUAUUGGGAGUCUUUUCUUACACACACAAAAUGAAAUAGACAACUUAAUGAAAGAUAAACGAAGUAAUACUGAAAAUAUAUGUAAAUUAUACAGGAGAACGUUCGCUGAUUAUAAAGAUAUAUCAAAAGGUAAAGAUAUCGUAAAAUACGAAUUAUCAGAAGAGGUUCAAAAAUUAUUAAAGGGAAUAAGUGAAAAAGUAGGAGAAACCAAAAUGGACAAUUUAUGGAAAACAUAUUUUAAAGAUAAAAUAGAAAAGAAAUUCAAUGAAUUAGAAUCCUCUAAAAAUGGUUCUAAUAUUCAAAAAUCAUGUACUUUAGACCAUUCUGAUGAAACAAAACCUCAAUGUUUGAGAUACAUGGAAGAAUAUUUGGAAGAAUUUUUGGAAGAAAAAAAACGGAUUUUAUGGCUUUUAGAAAAUACUUGUAAAAGUAAACGAAAUCUAAAUAAUGUUAAUUGUAAUGCUUAUUGUAAGAUAUAUAAACAAUUUUUAAGUGGACGUAAAGGAUGUUAUGAUAAAUAUAAAAACCAAUGUGAAACAAAUUUAAAAAGUGACAGUACAUACGGUGAUAAAGCGGUUUAUGACCAAGAUGUAAAAGAGAUCGAAAAAAAAAUUAAAGAUAAAAGCGGAUGUGGCGAUACAUGUGGAAAUAAUUUUGAUGUCGAUUUAAAUCCAUUAUUUGAUGGAAAUGAUCCUGUUACUAAUAAAUCAUAUUAUUGCCAUUGUGGAAAUGGUAAAAAUAAACCUCACGAGAUUCCAUGUAGUGACCGACAACCAAAAUCCACUAUGUCACUUGCAGGUAAAUGGCAAGACGGUAUAUAUAGAACACAAACUAAACCGGGUCAAGUUUGCGACUUACAAUUUGGACAUCAUAAUUCUACUGGAGUAGGCGAGAACCCAUGUGGUGGUAUACCAAGUGGAACAUCGUGGAACUGUAACGAGACAUUACAUGAAGGUAUAUGUAUUCCUCCGAGACGUCACGAAAUAUGUAUAUCGAAUAUCAGAAAAUUGGGACCUACGGAUGUAUCGACGUUUAAUAGCCAUAAAUUAUUGCUGGAAAUGAUGUUGGCAGCAAAACAGCAAGCGUGGAGAAUACGUAAUCACAAUCACGGCCGCAAACGUGGUAUUCCGCAUAAUGUGUGCGAUGCCAUCAAGUUAAGCUUUUUAGAUUUUGGAGAUAUAAUUAAAGGAACAGAUAAAGCGAAGGAUGCAUAUUCGGUGACGACGGAGGAUAAUUUGAGACAACUAUUUGAAAAAAUAAGAGAUGAGUGGAAAAACGGUAAUGAUGGUGACACAAAAUAUGAUGACAACAGUGCCUAUGGUGGUCUUAGCGAGUUACGUAAAGAUUGGUGGGAAAAGAAUAAAAACGAUAUAUGGAAAGCAUUCAAUUGUGGCAACCCAUGUGGUAGUAUACCACAGGAUAAUCGUUCUCAGUUUCUGAGAUGGAUAGACGAAUGGGCCAGAGAAUUUUGUGCUGAACGUAGAAAUAAGGAACAGGCAGUAAAUGUGGCCUGUCAGCCGUGUGAAAAUGACUGUGAAUACACUUUUUCGUGGUCAUCCAUUUUAUCGUGGUUUUCUCCACCAGGUAAUAUUUGUGACUGCAAAAAUAAAUGCAAAGAAUACUCAGAAUGGAUCCAUAAAAAGAAAAAAGAAUUCGAUACUCAAAAAAAAUACUAUGACGAAAAAUUAACGUUAAUGGAUUUUGGGAACAAUGAUCGUGGUGGCAUUCAUACUAGUGGUAAAUCGACUACUAGUAGUAUUGUUCCAAACGUUGCAACAUAUUUGAAAGACAAAGUUAAUAAUUGUGGUAAUGAUGAUUUCAACGACGUUACCAAAAUGUUUUCUUCCUAUCCUGACGAUAAAUCGUCACACUAUAGACAUAAAUGUAGUAAAUGUUAUCCUCAACUUGAGGCGGACCUGGCAGAUAAAGGUGGACCUAAAAAGCAUGUGUGCGAUGUCGAUAAAAUAUUAACUAAAGAAAGUAGUAAUAUUACUCAUGAUUGCGGUAUUAGUGGUAGUAGUCCUACAAAAAAAGGUGAUGAUACUGAAUGGUCAACUAAAGAUAUAUGUAAUAUAAAUAUUAGUAGUAAUGGAGAUAAGGUUGCUGUUCCACCUAGAUAUGACGAUAUAUGUAAAAACGUCAUUGAUGAUAGUUAUAAAAUACGAUCUGAUCACAUGGGAAAACAAGAAUAUUAUGAUAAUAAUCGUAUGCUGUUAUCAGAAAUUAUUCUUCUGGCAAGAAGUGAAAGUAGAAGUUUGCGUAAUCAUUAUGCUGGUCGUGGUGGUGGAACUUCCAGCGGACAAGACGAUAAAAGUAUUUUAUGUACCGCUAUGCGACGAUCAUUUGCCGAUAUUGCAGAUAUAGUUAGGGGGACAAAUCUUGUGGACACAGAUGAUGGUAAUGGUGUGGAACAACAUUUGAGCCAAAUGUUCAAAACACUCAGAGAUGAAUACAAAACACUAACAUCCACGGAUAUAUAUGACGAUGAUGAUAAUGGACUGGUGAAAUUUCGUAAGGAUUGGUGGGAAACGAACCGUCACAUGAUAUGGGAAGCAAUGAAAUGUGGUGACAAACACAAGUGUAAUAACCAUAUGAAUAUGGAUAAAGUCCCGCAACUGUUACGCUGGAUAACUGAGUGGGCUGAACGUUUUUGUGUGGUGCAAAAGAAACAAUUUGAAGAGUUGAAAAAUGAGUGUGAUGUGUGUAAUAGUAAAGGUAAAAAUGGUAAGUGUAAAAAAGAUACAACAGAGUGCCAGACAUGCAAAACACAGUGUGAUAAAUAUAAAGCGUUCGUCGAAAAAUGGAAGGAACAAUGGAAAACAUACGAAAAGAUGUACAGUGAAUUGUACACUAAUUCCAUGACUAAAUCGGAUGCUACAACUGAUGAUAAUGCUUUAUAUGUGCGAAAACUUAUACGUCAAAAUAAUUGGUUGUCACUCACAGCGGCAGCAUAUAUACAUAGUAUGUAUGGAAGUGGUGACGAUGGUGGUAAGAGUAGUGGUAAAGAUGUCAGGGCACAAAGUGGUAAAGGUAAUGCUGGUUCUAGUGGAACCCUUGAGUGUUUGGAACAAAAAGAGUUUGGAAAUAUUAAUGGUAGUAAAUAUGUUUUUAGUGAGGUACCAGAAGGGUUUGGUGCUGCAUGUAAGUGUGAAAAAGAAGAUAAAUCACAAAGGGAUGCUCCUGGUAGCGGUACUCCGGCUGUUGUGAAACCGAAAAAAACAGAUAUAUGUGAAUCUACACUGAAUGGUAUAAAUUAUGUGAAAUGGGAUUGCAAUAAAACGGAUAAUGAAGGUUAUAAAGUAUGUAUGAAAAAAACGAAUAAUGACAUUAAUGAAGAAUUUUAUGAUUUAUUUAAUGAGUGGGUAGAAUCUUUUUUGAAGGAAAUUGAUCAAUUCAAUACAAAAGUAAAAGUAUGUACAGAAAAUAAAAAUAGCUCUUCAAAUACGUGUCCUGAUGAUAAAUGUAAAGACAAAUGUUAUUGUUAUAACAAAUGGAUAAAUAGAAGAAAAAGUGAAUGGAAGAAACAACAAGAAUAUUAUAAAUUAUUUAAUAGUAGUAGUGGGCAAUCUUCUGUUACUUUAGAUAUGUAUAUGAGUACAGCAUUUGAUGAUGAACUUGAACUAAACGGAGAAUCUUCUGGAGGUGAAGAAAAAUUCAAUGAAAAAAUAAAUGAUGCCUUAAAAAAAGCCAAUGACUGUGUAGAAAAAUGUCCCAAGAAACUCGAGUGUCACGAAAAAGGGUUUGAAGAACAGUGGGAGUGCGAAAGAAACAACGGUAGUGGUAGUAGUGACAAAAUAUGUUUGAAAAAAGGAGACGAAGAGAAAUACAAGGAAGAAAAUAUGAAUAAAGUUAAUGAAGUCAACAAAUUUUAUGAUACGUUCAAUUAUUGGCUAGACGAUAUAGAACGCACAAUUGAUGAAUAUCUACAAAUAUUGGAACAGUCGUGCCAUAGUGCAAAUAAACAACCAACGGUAGGGAAACCACAAGGAACGGCGAGCACACAAAAUACUAAAGAAUGUAUUUUGUGUAGUGAAGAUUGCAAAUGUUAUGAUGAGUGGAAAACAAAAAUUAAUGAACAGUGGAAUAAACAAAAAGAAUACUAUGACAUGUACCAAAAUAAAGAUGGUAGUGAAAUGAAAGGUAUUGAUAUUGAUACAUAUUUGGAAGCCAAAUGUGAACUUGACAUGUCAAGCAAUGGUAGUCGCAACAAAAAAUAUUGCCAGAAAAAAACAAGUGAUAGCAGUAGUAGUGGAACUAACACUAUAUUUGAUGAUUUUUUAAAAUCUAUGAAUGAAAAAAAAGAAAACGUUUGCCAAAAAUGUAAAGAUACAAAAGGAGAAGACGACAAUAAGCCUCCAACAGACUGUGGACAAAUUGAGAAAAUUAAUGAUAAUCAUUGUAAAGAAAAAAAGUUUGACGAAAAGCAAAAUGGCGGAGAAUUAAAAACUAAAUGGAAAUGCGAAGAAACAAUUAAAGGAGAAGAAUUAAAAGAUUAUGUUUGUGUCCCUCCACGAGGACAAAAACUAUGUAUCGCAAACAUGCACAGAAGUGGAAUAAUACAAGAGCCUUUGUCCACCAAAGAGGAUUUAUUAAAAAAAUUAAAAGAGGCCAUAAAAAAAGAAACCGAACGAUUACACGAAUACUACAAAGGCAAAAAUACUUCUAAUAGUGGAGAAAUACCUCAUGGAUUUUGCGAUGCCGUAUAUCGUAGUUUUAAUGAUUUUAAAAAUCUUGUGACAGGAGAAAUGUUAUGGAAACCAACAAAUAUUAAAACGUUAGAAGAAAAAAUUGGUCAAAUAAUUAAAUCCAAAAAUGGUGGUACAAGUGGUACUACUGCCACCACGGAGGAGCGAGAAAAAUGGUGGAAAAGUCAUGAAAAUGAGUUUUGGAAUGCUGUCAAAUGUGGAAUACAGGCGUCCAAACCAAACAGAAGUAGUGUUAAUUUCAUAGGUAAUGAAUGUCCCCGAUUUAUUCAUGAUGAGGACUACGACACGCAAUUUUAUUGGUGGUUCAGAGAAUGGGGUGAUGAUUUUUGCUCCAAAAAAAAAAAAUUAAAAUCACAAUUGGAUAGUGCGUGUAAGGACGAAAGCAAACGUAAGUGUGAUAGUAAAGGUCAAAAUAUAGCAGAUGCAGAUUGUAAAAAUUCAUGUGAAGAUUAUAAAAAAUUAAUUACAGACAAUAGACAAGCGUGGAAGAAAUUUUCGGAGAAAUUUAAUAAAGAGGAGGAAACAAAAGACGAAAAGAACAAAGCCUCGUAUAACAAUUCUUCGUUUUAUUUAUUAUUCAAUUGUGAUGAUUGUAAUGGAACAAAUUUUGGAAAAGUAUUUAAAGAUAGUAAUAAAUAUGGUGAUUACCAAACCACAUGUACGUGCAUAUCAUCAACGUCAUCACAAAAAUCGAGUGAUGAUAUAAAACCAUGUGAUGAUAAUAUUUCCACAUCGAAUUGUCGUACCAAAAAUAAAAAUAACAAAUGGAAUACUACAUUCAUCAAAAAUCCUGAUAAAUAUAAAGUGUAUGCCCCUCCACGACGUCAAAAACUAUGUUUAGGAAAUUUAUAUGGAUUAACAGGCGGAGAAAAAAUUGAAUAUAAAAACAAUUUAGAAAAAGAACUGUACGCCGCAGCAAAAAUAGAAGCAACAUUUUUGCGGGAACAACACAAAAAUGAUAGUACCACGGCAUGUAAUGCCAUGAAACGCAGUUUUUAUGAUUUUGGAGAUAUAAUUAAAGGCACAGAUAUGAUGAAAGGACGAUUUGGUGUCAUGGUCGAAAAAGAAUUGAACGAAAUAUUUGCAAAUAGUGGUACUAGUACUAGUGGUGGUGGAGAAUCACGCGAAGAAUGGUGGGAUAAACAUAAAGAUAAGGUAUGGAAAGCAAUGAAUUGCGACAACACGUGUGGAAGCGGUACUUCCAGCCCUAGUGAUGAGAAACCUCAAUUUUUGAGAUGGUUAGAAGAAUGGGCAGAACAAAUAUGCACAGAAAGACAAAAACUAUUGGAAAAUCUUCAAAGAAAAUGUAAAACAGAAAAUGCUAAGAACAACGUCACCAAAGAUACUAAAUGCACAAAUGCUACUCCUGAAUGCAAAAAACAGUGUAAAGUAUACAAUGAUUGGAUAAAUACUCAUAGAAAUGAAUGGAAAGGACAAAAAACGAAAUAUGACGAAAUAUAUAUACAUGUUGGUGAUCAUGAUGAGGACGAUAUUGACGAUGAAUAUAAAGAUUAUGUAAAACCUAUGAAUGGGAAAAAAACUGCUAUGGAAUACAUAGAACCAAAAUGUCAAGAUAAAAACUUAGAUGAUGUGUUCAAAAAAAUCGAUCAAGAAUAUAAAGAAUACGAACCUUUCUGCACAGAAUGUCGAAUAAAAGAUAUUGCGGACACGGUGAAAAACAAAAAAAAUAGUGCUACCAUUAAUCCGUGUGGUGUUACCAAACCUGGUAGUAAUGCUACGAAACCCAUUACAAAUGUGGUGGAAAUUGCCAAACAAAUGCAAGAGGAUGCCAAGGGAAAAGUGGAUGGUAGUUUGAAAGGCGAUGCAGAGAAAGGAGAAUACAGUAAAAAGGGUAAGGCAGAUGAAUUGAAGAACAUAUGUAGUAUAAAGGAAAACCAUUCCAAUGAUAGUCGUGGUAAUGAUUAUAAAGGACCAUGUACAGGAAAAGAUGGCGCAGGUGAACGAUUUAAUAUAGAAACCAAAUGGGAUGAUGCAGGCCCAAGCGGAAAACCAAAUGGCAUUUUCUUGCCUCCACGACGUGAACAUAUAUGUACAUCGAAUAUAGAAAAUUUGGACACAAGUAGUAGAGGACUUACAGGUAGUAAUGUUAAUGAUUCUUUUUUAGGCGAUGUAUUGCUCGCUGCGAAUAAAGAAGCAGAAAAAAUAAAGGAAGUGUAUGAAAAAAAUAAGAACCCAGAUAUUAAAAAUGACAAUGAAGGUAAAUGUCGUUCUAUUAAAUAUAGUUUUGCCGAUAUAGGAGAUAUAGUUAGAGGAAAAGAUUUGUGGAAUCAUACGGAUCAGACAAAACUCCAAGGACAUUUACAAAAAAUAUUUGCUAAAAUUAAAGAACAAAAUGGAGGUGACAACGGAAAAUAUGAAAAAGAUGAUAACAAACAUACAACAUUACGUAAAGAUUGGUGGGAAGCGAACCGUGACGAGAUUUGGAAAGCAAUGAAAUGUCCAAAAACCAGUGGUAAUAUCGAAUGUGAUGGCAAUGGUAGUACCCCAGUGGAGGACCAUAUUCCGCAACGGUUGAGAUGGAUGACAGAAUGGGCCGAGUGGUUCUGCAAAGCACAAAAAAAAUAUUAUGACGAUGUAGUACAGGCGUGUGGGAGCUGUAAGGAUAUAAAUGCUGAUGGAAAAUGUAUACAAUGUAUACAAUGUAAAGCAGCUUGUGGUACAUAUAGGAAAUUUAUUAAUGAAUGGAGACCUCAAUGGGAAACCCAAUCAAAUAAAUACAAAGAAUUAUAUGAUAAGGCAAAACAAAAUGUUAGUAGUACUAGUGGUACUACAGAUGAGAAGGAUGUAGUUGAAUUCUUGAAACAAUUACACGAAAAAAAUAAUGAAAAUACCACGUAUUCUACCGCUGCAGGAUAUGUGCAUCAAGAACUUAAAAAUAUGGAUUGUAAUACACAAAAGGUUUUCUGUAAUAUCACUAAUGGUGUUGAACAUAUUAGUGGUAGUAAUGACGAUUAUGCAUUUAGGGAUCAACCACACGAAUAUGAUACGGCAUGUAAUUGUAAGGAGGAUCCACCGCCUCCACCACCAUCACCUGCGCAACCAUCCGAUCCUGCGAAAUCGAAUCAAGAUAGUAGUAAUCAAAGUAAUAGUAGUCCAAGUGGGGGUGGUCAACCUGGAUCCCCACCUAGUAACCCUGAUAGUAGUAGUAGUGGUGGUGGAGCUGGAAGCCCAACUAGUCCCUCUGCUCCUUCCCCUGCUAGUGGCAAAGAUGGGAAUCAACCUGGUGGUGGUAGUGCACCUGUAGGUCCACCUAGUCCUCCUGAUCCUGGCGGAGGUGGUAACCAAAAUCCUGGUAGAAGUGAUCCUAACCAGGAUCCACAAUCAAGUGGAGGUGGUAAUUCUAAUUCCGGUAGUACUGAUCCUUCCAAUCAGAAUGGUAGUAGUAGUAGUUCGCCCAGUAGCUCGAGUAGUUCAAGUAGUUCGAGUUCGUCUAGUAGCAGUAAUAGUAAUAGUGGUGGAGGUGGAAGUGGUAGAGGUGCAGGUAGUUGGUAUGUUUACAAGAAUCUACAUAAAUCGCCGUUUAAACGUCCAGAACCACCAAAAAUUGAUGAUAAUUAUUUGCAAAAUUGUCCACUAAAUGAAAACGUUUGCUCCAAAAUUGACAGUAAUAGUUGCCAUAAAACCAAAGAACAAUAUGGUCUAGAUAAAUGGGGAACGUUUGAGUUGAAAGAUCCUAAAGGACAAAAUGAUGGUGUAAUAAUUCCUCCAAGGAGAAGAAAUAUAUGUUUCCAAAGUAUUAUGGUAUCUGGCGGACGUCAUAUAAGAACAACCGGUGCUUUUAAAACCGCAGUAUUAAAAUCUGCGGCGAGUGAAGCGAAAUAUUUGAGUGAUUUCUAUAAAAAAGAAAAUAAAAACGACAAGGAACGUGACAUGUUACUCGAUGCUAUGAAAUACAGUUUUGCAGAUAUAGGCAAUAUUAUAAAAGGUGAUGAUAUGGUAGAUGAUAUGCGUUCAAAAAAUGUGACGGAUAUUUUUAAAAGGAUACAAGAAAAUGAAAAUAAAAAAAAUGGAAGUCAGGGUAAUAAGGGCACUUCAGAUGUGAUAAAGAAACGUCAAGAAUGGUGGGAAAAUAAUAAACAACAUGUAUGGAAUGUUAUGAUGUGUCACUAUUAUGAAAAUGGAACAACAAACAAUACUUGUCCAGAGCAUGGACAAAUUGAUGAAAUUCCACAGUUUUUACGCUGGUUAACUGAAUGGGCACAACAAUUUUGCAUAGAAAAAGUAAAUGAAGCAAAAAACGUGGUUGUCCAAAAUAAAUGUUUAGUAAAAAUUAAUGGUGCAGAAUCAAUUGAAAAGAUUUCAGAUCCAUAUUGCAGACACGAAUUAGGUAAAUAUAGAAAUUGGUAUGCAAAAAGAAAAGUUCAGUGGGAUGGAUUAAAGAAAAAAUAUGAGGAACAUAUUCAAAGUGCUGGCUCUACUUCGUCUGGAACAAAACUAAAUGAACAAAAUGCUAAUGAAUAUGUAAAAAAACAAUGUAAAGAAUGCGAUUGCGAAAUUAAUGUUUUGGAUAAAAUAUUUGAAGACAAAGUGAACGAUAACGAAAACAAAUUUGUGAACCAAAUAAUUGAUAGGGCCAAAACCGAUGCUACUGAUCCAAUCAAAACAAUUGACCCUUUUUCGCCUAUUACAAAUUUAGUUGAAAAUAUAAAAACACUCGCACCAGUUGUUCUGAACAAAGUAAUUCCAAAUCCAACAACAUCUGCACAACUAUUUGAAAAUGUAGUAAACACUACUUUUACAGUAGCAGCGAAAACUAAAGAAAUUGUAGAAAAAAUGCAACAAAAAAUUCAAGAACAAAAGGAAAAAAAUAUACCACCACCACCCACACCUGUACCCCCUCCACCAUCUGCACCUAUACCACCUAGUACACCCACGACUUCCUCUCCAGAAAUUAUAGUCGGUCCAGUCGUAGGUGCAGUGGCGGCAACGAUACUUGGAAUAUUGCUAUACAAGUGGAAAAAACCCUUCCAUGUUGCAAGAUAUAAACGCGAUAUCGAUAUGUUCCGAGUAUUAGAAAUGCCGCAAAACGAAUAUGAUAUACCUACAAAUAAGUCCUCAAAUAGGUAUGUCCCAUAUGGUCGAUAUAAAGGCAAAACAUAUAUUUACGUGGAAGGAGAAGAAUCGAACGAUUAUAUUCGUGAUAUAUCUUCCUCGGAUAUCACUUCUUCGUCCGAAAGUGAGGUUGAAGAAGUAGAUAUAAAUGAUAUAUAUGGGUACAAAUCUCCAAAAUACAAAACUUUGAUAGAAGUUGUUUUGAAACCAAGUAACAAAACACAUGAUGCACAAAAUACACAUAUAGAUAAUAUAGUGGACACUACCUAUAUACCUAGUGGUAUAUAUAGUGACAAACCUAGUGAUAUACCCACUAAUACACCUAUUAGUGAUGAAGAAUGGAAUCAACUAAAACAGGAUUUUAUUUCCCAAUAUUUAGAAAAUAUACCAAAGGUUUUACCUAAUGAAAAUCUAAGUGGAAUUCCUACUACAGAUACACAACCUAAUAUUGUGGAUAAUAGGUUUGAAGAAAAACCUUUUAUUACAUCUAUUCAAGAUAGAUAUUUACAUGGUGAUAGCGAUGUUUUUAGUUAUAAUAUUAAUUGGAAUAUUCCAAAAAAUACACAGAUAUAUACUACGGAUCAUCCAAAAUAUGUUUCAAGUAAUUUAUAUACUGGAAUUGAUUUAAUCAACGAUUCGUUAAACAGUGAUCAACAUAUUGAUAUAUAUGAUGAGUUACUCAAAAGAAAAGAAAAUGAAUUAUUUGGGACUAAACAUCCAAAAACUACGACUUUUAAUCGUGUUGCUACACAAAUAUAUGGCAAUCCUAUAAUGAACCAACUAAAUUUGUUCCAUAAAUGGUUAGAUAGACAUAGAGAUAUGUGCAACAAAUGGAAAAAUAAAGAGGAAAUGUUAAGUAAAUUGAAUGAUGAGUGGAAUAAGGAAAAUAACGAAUAUGUAUUAGAUACAUCAACUCAUGAUGACAUUAAUAAAAUUAAUGAUGAUAACCAUAAUAUUAGUAGUACAAACAAUAUAUAUUAUCAUUCAAAUAUAACAUCUCUUGAAGAUCUUGGAUCAACAAAUAUCCCAUAUAGUGAUAUUACAACGCAAAAUAAUGGUUCUCAAACAAAGAAUUUACGCACAAAUGUGUCUAUGGAUAUCCAUAUGGACGAAAAUAAUGUUUUAAACACUAAUGUAACAAGUAACGAAAAUCAUUUGGAAAAUUUGUACAAUUUUUAG